AUGCCAAAUUUUUCUUUUUCUACGGCUAAUAAUUUCCUCCGCUUCACUCCUGAAUCCUUGGAUGCAAUUAAGAAGCGAAUUGCUGAGAAGAAAGCAAAGUACUCCAAAGCCUUGGAAAAGGGCGAUGAUGAACCACAAGAAGAAAAUAUUCGACCACAACUUGAUCUGAAAGAUUUUAAAAAGCUGCCUGUUCUUUAUGGAAAACCCCCUCCGUGGCUUAUUGGAGAACCGUUGGAGGAUGUUGACCCCUAUUACAGGGAUCAUGAGACAUUUAUGGUGCUGUCAUCCCGGAGCAGAAUCUUUCGAUUUACUGCCUCCAAAUCUUUAUUUUUAUUUAGCCCUUUCCACCCACUGAGAAGACUAGCCAUAAAAAUUUUAAUACAUGUAUAUCCUUCUACCUUCAGUCAAAAAUUUGGCAGCAUUUCAGCUCUCCGAAUUUUCAGGAUUCUGAGAACUUUAAAGGCAGUUUCUGUAAUUCCAGGGCUGAAAGUCAUUAUAUCUUCACUCCUUCACUCGGUGAAAAAACUUGCAAAUGUGAUGCUGCUGACAGUUUUCUCCUUGGCUGUGUUUGCCCUGGUUGGCCUUCAGCUCUUCAUGGGUAACUUAAGAUAUAAUUGUGUCCCCUAUAAUUAUGGUGACUAUUUCAGUACCUCUUCUAAAUCAUUGCUAUGUGGAUUCAGCUCAGAUGCUAAUAAGACAGAAUGUCCGAUCAACAAUGUUUGUGUGAAGCAAAAAGAGAAUCCUGAUUUUGGGUAUACCAGUUUUGAUCAUUUGGGAUGGGCCUUUCUGUCAUUAUUUCGACUGAUGACGCAGGACAGCUGGGAACAUCUCUACAGACAGGUUAUCAGAACAUCUGGGAAAUCCUACAGCAUCUUUUUUUGUGUUAUCAUCUUUCUGUGUUCGUUUUAUCUCUUUAAUUUAAUCCUGGCUGUUGUAUCAAUGGCAUACGAAGAGCAAAAUAAAGCAACUCUAGCACAGACGAAGGCAAGGGAGAUGUUACUUCAGGAGGCAAAAAAAGUACUGAAGAAAGAAAAGGAAAUAGUUUCACAAAGGCUCCUUGCAUUAUCAAAUGAAAACUUGGAAAUGCCAAGUAAAGUAUCUGAAAAUAAAAAUGAGAAGAGGAAAAAUAAGAGGAAGAAGAAAUGCAAAAGCAUAAAGCCCAGAACUUAUGGAGAAGAUGAAACAAUGUUUUAUUCACCACCUGAUAAAAGUCAAAAGGAACUUCAGGAGCUGGUGAUGUCCUAUCACUUACCAGUUGAAAUCCUUGAUGACCCAUUUCAAAGGCAGAAAUUAACAAGUGCUGCCAAUGUGAUCAGCAAAACUAUGGGUGAGUGA